AUGGAGUCCGACGAGAACACGCGCCCCCCAUCACAGCUAAUUGCUGGCUUUGGUUCACCUUCCACCCCAACCGGUCCAGCGGGCUCACGACGAAGUGUGCUGCAACAUUCGAUUCGCUCCGUACACCCGCCCCCGCCUUCGCAACCAUCACAUGAUGUGGAAAAGGACGAAUUGCGCGUGCAAGUUAGCACCCUCCGAUAUGAGUUGGAAAACAUUAGACAGGAACGAGACUUGCAGACUCUCCGCUUUGAGAAGGAGUCGCGGGAUCUGCAGUUGAAAGCAGAUGGUGAUUUCAAGAAGGCACAGGCUGCAGAAUCUGCCAGCAAUCGUGCCGCCCAUAAAGUCGAGACUAUGACGAAGGAAUUGAAAGAUACACAGGAGCAAGCUUUGACUGAUAAGGCGGCCCUGGAGCGAAAGAUCAGAAACCUUCAAGACGAAAAGCAAAUGACCCAAGAAGAGCUCACCGAAACCCAAGCCCAGACCUCGGACCAGGAGCGACAAUUCAAAUACCAGAUCAGCGAAUUGGAAACAGUCCGUGCUUCUCUGCAGAAAACAAUCGAGGAACUGCAAAAUGAUUUUCAUGAGGCUCAUGCCUCCCAGCAAGCAACUCAAGAACGAUUAACGCAGCGAGAGGCGGAAGUGGCAAACCUUGAAUCCGAGAAUAUACGCCUGAAGGCAGAAGGAAGCGACGGAGAGGCCCUUGUGGUGCUCAAGAGGGAGCUUACUGAACAAGUCACUCACCUUCGUGAACUCGAAUCAACAAAUCGAGACCAAAGGGCUGAGUUACAACAUUUGCGCAAAGUCCAGAAGAACGUGCAAGUGGUCGAGGAGCAGAAGAGAUCCCUCGAGAAUCAGCUGCAGUUUAUGAAAGGCUUGGAAACAGAAAUUGACACGCUUCAGAUUCAAAAGCAAGUUUUGGAAGAUGAGCGUCAAUCAUGGGCUAGCCUCCUGGAGGAAAAUGAUCAACCUGCAGAAUUUGACUCACCUGAGGCUGUUGUAAAAGCUCUCGUUGCGGAGCGAAUCGAAAAAGCGACCUUUCUUGAUCGUCUUGGCACUACGAAUGCGCAACAUUUGGAGAAAGACGAAGCAAUCAAAACCUUGGAGGACGAGAAGACCAAACUUCGACAAGAAUUGGAAGCUGCACGCGCGGCAGGAAGCACAUCAACAGCAGCCCCGGCAGGUGCAGAUGCUCGAGCUCGAGCUCGACUGGAAAGACAACGUGCUUUGGCAGUCAAGGAGGUUGAAUACCUUCGUGCUCAGCUUAAGACAUUUGACGAGGAAGAGACCACGAUGAAUGCCGAACAAAGCCAGUUUGAUGAGCAGAAAGCCGCACAGAUUUCUCAAUUACAACAGCUUGUCGACGAGUACCGCAAGGAGCUUCACAAAGUUCACGAAGAAUUGUCCAAGCGAGAAGCACCUCCCCAAGAGGAGGCCCAGCUACGGGGAACGAAGCGGCCCUUGUCGCCGGCCGAUAGUGAGGCCGAGAGUGAGCGACUUGCAGUUCUUACGCGGAAGAAUCGCAAACUGCAAGAGGCCCUUUCCAAAUCGGAACAGGCCACAGCCCUUGCUAAGAAAGAGUUGGAUGCUGCCAAAUCCCAACUUAAAUCACUCAAAGCCAAAUCGCGAACUCGAGUCCUGGAACUACGAGAGAAUCCCACCGCCGAAGCGGAAAAAAUCAAGAUGUCAACUCUGAGGACCCUCCAGUCGGAGAACCGGGACCUACACGCUCAAUUAGGAGGUGAUACCGGAUUGAAGGUUGUUCCUGUUAGCACACUCGAAAGUCUCAAACUUGAAAUCCAAGAAAGAGAGCGUGUCAUCGCCGAUAAGGAGAAGCUUGUCCGUCGUUUAAGAGAAAUCUACUCUGCCAAAGCAACUGAAUUUAGGGAGGCAGUUGCCUCUUUACUUGGCUACAAACUCGACAUCCUUCCUAAUGGCCGAGUACGUGUCACAUCCAUGUUUCACCUGUCUGCUGAAUAUCGACAUGGUGACGCUAAUGCCUCGUCCGAAUCCCGGGGCCCAGGUAGUAUGGGUAAUGGCGAAGAGAAUUCCAUCUUAUUUGAUGGUGAGAAUGGAUCGAUGAAGCUGUCGGGAGGAAACAACAGUCUCUUCGCUAUGGAGAUCAAACCUAUGUUGAAAUUCUGGGUGCAAGAAAGAAAAGAUAUCCCUUGCUUUCUCGCGGCUAUGACGUUGGACUUCUAUGAUAAGACGACUCGUGCUGCAAGGGUUUGA